AGAUCAGCUCAGCUCAGGGAAGCAGAUAGACAGGAAGACAGGAAGGGGAAUAUCUUCAUCGGAACGACACGACAUCCCAUUGGCUGCCCAAAAAGUUGCAGAAGAGAUUAAGAUAGUCAAAAAUUAGGUUUAAGGAGGGCUUCCGAAUUCUCUAUAGUUUUCCAUCUCGGUGCAGAGGAGCUUGAAGUGGAUGGUGAUGUCAAUCUCUCGUUUUCUUUAGCUUUUAUUUUUUUUUCCUUUUUUUUUUGGGGGGGAUUUGAUUUAAUAAUACCUCUGAGAACUUUCUCGGGAAAACAUGAUCUCCGAGCUUCCCUUUAGGCGUAUCAUGUUCGCAGCCACUAGGGUUUCUUUUGAUGAAUGCGAGGAAGAAGAGGCUUCGAGGUCAAGCAAAACCCUCCGACGCUCAAAUCCCCAGUUCGUUUGACCGGGAAAAGUAAAGGGUUGUCUUCACCCCUCCCAACCCCCCUUUUCUGGGAAAUUAAGGAAAGUUGCCCGGAAGAGCUCCCGAUGAUAAAGCUCUGUUUUUGGGGCGCUGAAGGGUGAAUUUGGUGGCAGAGGCACUCCAGAGUGAAGGAAAAUUGGAGUGCUGUUCCAUCGGGGAGAGGGCUUGCUUAAUGUGGGGUUGAUUGGAUUUGAUCGGUUGUUUAUAGGGGCAGGGUUGAGUUUGAGAUGAGGAACUCGGGCAUUAUCUGAUUUGGUAAGGGGUGGUAGGGUUGCAACAUGAGUUGCAGCUACAAUAAUAGCAGAGAAGGACGGGAGAGCGAGUUUGAGCAACACUCGGUUCUGAGGAAGUCUGUCGACUCCGAGCCGAAAUCGGUGUCCCAGAACGGGUCGAUUUCCUCUCCACAGUUGUCUAUCGAUGAUAAUCUGCUGGUUGACCCGAAGUUGCUGCUUAUCAGGUCGAAGAUUGGCGAAGGAGCUCAUGGUAGAGUUUACGAAGGGAGAUAUGGAGAUCAAAUUGUUGCCGUAAAGGUUCUUAAUCCUGGGAGCACGCCAGAAGAAAAAGCUGCACUUGAAAGCCGGUUCGCUCGGGAAGUCAAUAUGAUGUCACGAGUAAAACAUGAGAACCUUGUCAAGUUCAUUGGAGCUUGUAAAGACCCUCUAAUGGUAAUUGUCACGGAAUUGCUACCUGGAAUGUCUCUUCGGAAAUAUCUGGUUGGAAUACGUCCUAAAUUGUUGGAUCUUCAUGUUGCGAUAAAAUUCGCUCUUGAUAUAGCCCGUGCAAUGGAAUGUCUACAUGCCCAUGGAAUCAUACAUAGAGAUCUUAAACCAGAUAACCUGCUACUUACAGCAAACCAGAGGUCUGUAAAGCUCGCCGAUUUUGGUCUUGCAAGAGAAGAAUCUGUCACUGAGAUGAUGACUGCAGAAACCGGGACGUACCGCUGGAUGGCUCCUGAGUUGUACAGCACAGUGACGUUGCGACAAGGAGAGAAGAAGCAUUAUAACAACAAGGUCGAUGUAUAUAGCUUUGGGAUUGUACUGUGGGAAUUAUUAACCAACCGCAUGCCAUUUGAGGGCAUGUCUAAUUUGCAGGCUGCUUAUGCUGCUGCUUUUAAGCAAGAGAGGCCGAGUCUUCCAGAAGAUGUAUUUCCCGAUCUUGCAUUUAUCGUACAGUCAUGUUGGGUUGAGGACCCGAACAUGAGGCCAAGCUUCAGUCAGGUCAUACGUAUGCUCAACACAUUUCUCUUCACUCUCCCUCCUCCUUCCCACUCAAUAUCAGACCCCGACUCCAACAACUCAGCAACUACAAGUAACCGCACCCUGACCCUGUCUUCAGCCCCGGUGAAAGGGAAGUUUUCUUUUCUUCGCCAACUUUUUGCUGCUAGGAGGACUAGGCACUCUCAAUGAUUGGAAAAGGGCAAGGAUUUCUACAUAGCAUCUUUUUGGUAGAAUGCCGGGCAUUAUGGCAUCCAGUGGCACAUGUAAUUACUGUAGGGAGUUUGGUUGGCCGGACAUCAACUGGCCGCAGGUGGGAAUAGAAUGGAUCAGUGAAGAAUGCUUUUGAUAUAGGAAUGGUAGGGAAAAGGAAAUGGACAUGUUCUCGGCAAUCUUGUAAAGAUGGGAUAUAUAUUAAUCUGAAUUUUUCUGCC